AUAAAUUCUCCCUUCUCGUUACCUUUCUUCUCCCAAAUCAUCUCACUCUCAACGAAGCAUACCAGCUCCAACCAAACUCUCAUCCAAACCUUCCAUACAACAACAACCAAAGCCUCAACCAAUCCCUCAACCAACCCCUCAACUCUAUCAUCAUGCAACUCAUCCUCCUCCUCGGCAUCGCGGCCUCCGCCCUCGCCACUCCCUUGAGCAUGACCACGCUCACCACUUCCUUCACCAUGACCACUCUCUUGCCACACACCCUUGACCCCCAGCAGAGUCUCGUCCCCGGCGGCAUUGCUUCCGGCAUGGGUAGGCAGGAGACGUGCGGCGGCUGGGACUGCAUUCGUUACUGCAGUUUUGCCGGCGACGGCAGCAAGAACAACAAACCAGUCUGCGAGUGGUGCCUCUGGCCCGGCAAGACCGGUACGAUGAGCAUGGGACAGCACAACUGUGCGUUGGCUUGCAGGGACAAGAAGAAGAGCAAGGAGAACGCUGACAAGUGUCUUCAAUGCUCGCACAAUGAGUGGUCCUGUUUUUCGAAAUAG